UCUUAACCAUUUAUAAUUCUACGAGGUUACCCAUCGAAGCAAAACCAAACCCAAGUGAAGAGUAAAACAAAACCCAAGAAACCCAAAAAUGGUGCUGUGGUCCUACCCACCAACGGUAAAGCAACUGGCAGUAACAAUCGGGUUUUGCCUCACCGGGACUUCCCUCAUGGCCGUCGGAGCUUACCUCUCCCUUGUCAACAUAGCUCCUCAACAAGAACGCGCCCAAGCCCGUAGCCAAUACGUUAAAGACCGACUUCGAAAGAUGCUUGACGAUUAGCCACCCCGCCCCAAAAAACAGAAGAAGAAGAAGAAGAAGAAGACCAAAGUAAGGAAAAAACAGGCAACCCUUUUUAGAUUUUUGGUAUUGAUUGGUUUGGUUCUGAAUUUUGCUUGACAUGUAAAAGAAAUUAACCUUUGGAAGUUUUUUCAAUAUUGGGCCCUUGUGUUUGCGAA